AUUUUAAUCCUUUAUGUAUUAGAAUCUAUAAAGUUUUGAACCAAAAGUAUUAAUUACACUUUCAUUUGCAUGCCGUCAGCAUUUGUUUAUUUAAAUGUACUAUAAAAAACCCACCAUACAGCUAAUUCCUUUAUUAUUAUUUUUAUCCUUUAAAACAAUUUGUUUAUCAUACAUUUUUGCUAGUUGUGGAAGUUCUUUUAACGGAAUGUGAUAUAACAUACUUUAAAUGAUACUUAAAAUCAUUUCAAAUCAAACACCAAUAUCAUGUAUGUACAUAUUUAUAAAUUUAUUAACAAACUGCAAUCCAAGAAAAAUAAUAUAUUAUCAACAUUAGCCAUUUACAGUAAAACCUCCGUUAACCGAAAUAAUUGAGGGGGAGGCUGUUUCGGAUAACAAGAAUUUCGGUUAAAAAUAACAUUGUUUUUUGUAUUCUCCUUUUAUCAAAUUACAUAGUAUUGGAGAGAUAGAGCUACAAAACAUCGUUGCCGAAGGGAAACACAAAAGAAAAUAGAAGAUUCCUAAAAAAAAAACACUCUAAACAUGUUCAAUUUCCUUAAUUUUAUUGCUGUUUAAUUUACUUUUUAUUGACAAAAUUAUUUAAACUGUCAAGACAUUUCGGUUAACGGAAUUUUUACUGUAUUUGCCUUAAAUGGCAACAUUUUAAAACAAACAAACACACACACAUAUAUUUGCACUAGAUUUUCUCAUGGUUAAAAAUGUACUGCCACAGCUUGUUCGAUUAAAUAACCGCAGGCUCAGUUGCCAGUAUUUCAAUGUUUUCUCUAAACAACUGCAAUAUUUGUAAAGCUGAUAUUCUUUGAACAAAAGAUUUCUUGCAUUGCAUCUCAUUUCACAUAUCAAUAUGAAAAAUCUCUUCAAAAUACCAAAUCUUUCAAUAACAAGCAAUAUUUAUAAUGGAAGCACUUCAACUGCUGUAGUUGAGAACUGGAUAGCAAUACAUUGUCCAUAAAUUCCCCAUUUUAUAUACCCAUAAUAUGCACAAGUAUUUAACAACUCCUAAAAUAGAGUAUUUAUUUCUAAAUGUACUUCUAUAUUGCAGGAUGAUUAUUAUCAGUUAUGUUCUAUGUUGUUCUGUUCUUUAAAUGACAAAAUACUAAUUAAAGUCAACGUUUUACUCUUUUCCAUGAUUUAUUUUACUUUUUAUCUACAUUACAGGUAACGAGGUAACAGCAGAUUUUAUACAGAAUUUCAGCACAUUUUAAAAGUUAUUUUUAUAAUUUUUUACAAAUUUACAAAAAUAUUUAAUGUCAAUUGUCAAAAUAAAAGAUUCCUUUAUAUGACAUUGCUUGCACAUGCGCAAAUAGAGGAACGAAUUGGACAAAUUAACGUCUCCUUAUUAUUAAGGUUAAAAAGCGGUAUUGGAUUUGGAUAUUGGAUUUUAAAACUUGUGUAAAAUAAAGUAAUACGUUUACCCAUUUCCUAAAUAAUGGAAGUUCUAAAUUCAAUCAUUGUUUUCUUUUAGAUUUCAGUUCACUUUUUAGUGAAAUAGAAAAGGCUAUUAAUGCUAGUUUAUUUGUGAGUAUCGAUUGUGAAUUAUCAGGACUCAAUAUUGUUAGGAAUAUAAAGGCUUUUGACACCCCACAGGAAUAUUACUCAAAAAUGAGAAUCAACAGUAAAGACUUUUUGGUCUUACAAUAUGGAAUAAGUACUUUUAGAUAUGAUGAAGUUGACAAUAAUUUUAAACAUCAAACAUAUAAUUUUUAUACAUUUAGACGACCUGUGAACAGAAAUGUACCUGAUAUAAGAUUUUUAUGCCAAUCUUCGAGUAUAGAUUUUCUAAUUGGUCAUGGAUUCGAUUUUAAUAAGCUCUUCAAGGAAGGUAUUUCUUAUUUAACUGAAGAAGAGUAUGACAAUUACAAAGCUAACAUAGAUCAAUCGUAUCAGACCGUUUUGGAAGGAAUCUGUUCUAGAAAAAGUGAAGACAGCUGUGACACUAUACAAGUACCAGAAAAUGCAGUGGCAUUUAUUGAUGAUAUUAAAUCGAAAAUCGAAAAUUUCCUCACAAGUGACGAAACGGAACUACAGCUUCCCAAAUGCAACGCAUUCUUUAGGAAACUAAUAUACCAAACUAAGGAGGAAAAGUAUUCAAAUCAAAUUUACUUAGAAACAAGACAGGUAGAUAAAGACAGGGUAUUAUUUGUAACGAGGUUAAAAAGCCCAGAAGAAGAAAAGCAACUGGCAAAGAAGAGAUAUGAAGAAAAUUUGAAAGAACUAGAUAAUUUUCAUGGUUUCAGCAAACUUCUGAAAGUGCUGAUAAAGUCAGGGAAACUAAUAAUUGGCCAUAACUUAUGCUUAGACUUUUUGCAUACAAUUGACAAGUUUUUGAUGCCAUUACCCGAAUCAUAUACUGAAUUUAAAAGAGUGAGCCACACAUUAUUUUCUAGAGUUCUGGAUACCAAAUACAUGGCGAGCAGUGGGCUAUUCAAAGACCUGAUCCAAUCAACUGUACUAAAACAUUUAUUGGACACAGUAUCUGAAAGACCUUUUGGACUUCCACAAAUUGCUCCCGAGAAAGAGGGUAGAGCCUAUGAAGUAAACGAUAGUAAGGAACAUGAAGCGGGCUAUGACGCUUUCAUCACUGGACUUUCUUUUAUAGGAAUGUGGAAACAUCUUGGUUUACUUGAUAAUCGAAGUGAUCCUAAGACAUUCAACAGCAUGGAUCUUUUGGAACCCUACAUCAAUAAAUUAUUCUUGAUGAACUUAUCAGAUAACCAAUAUAUCAAUUUAGCAGGAGAUGAUCAACUAGUAUCAAGAGAUCACGUAUUUCAUAUAAGUUUUUCAGAAGAUUGGAAGCUGAGUAACAUUCAACAAUUAUUUAGUCCUUUUGGUAAUGUAUAUGUCUCUUGGCUGGACGAAACGUCAGCCUACGUGGCACUACACAAAAGAGACGAAGCAAAGAUGUGUUACACUACCUUAAAAUCAGGCGAUGGGUACAUAAUCAAAACUUUUGCGGAGAGAAAAAUGCUAUUGGAAAACAGAUUCGGACACAUGCAACCGAAAGUUGUCUCAUCUCCGAUUCCUUCUAAAAAGAGGAAGAGCUCAGAUUCGCCGGUCCCCAAAAAUCAGAAGAGGGAAAAAACAGGCAUAGACGACGCCCUAUUAAAAAUGACAAUAGAGCCAGAGUUGGAAGCACAGAGCAAGAAGAGUAGAACAUUUACAGAAGACGAGAACUGGACAUGACUAACAAUUAGCAAUCAAUUUUAAAUGGUGUUAAAUAUUAAAAUUACUUUUUUAUUUAAGGAAUUCUAUCACCUUAUUGCAAUAAAUAUGAUGAUUUA